UCCCUCUGCACCCCCCUCAAAAUUCUCACAAAAAAAUGGUGAAACCAACACCAGUAAAAUGCACAAACCCUGACCCUAAAAAAUCCUACCACAUAGGAGGAAUUCAAGUGGAAUUCCCAUACAAACCAUAUGGAACGCAGCUCGCAUUCAUGGGCAGAGUCAUUUCCACGCUCGAUCGAGCCCAAAGAGACGGCCAUUGUCACGCUUUACUCGAAUCCCCUACCGGUACUGGAAAAUCGCUCUCGCUUCUUUGUUCCACUCUCGCCUGGCAACAGAAUUACAAAUUAAAGAAUCAGUACGCUAAUCUCACUCACUCUACACCGAAUCCCGAGGCAAUCACCGAUCCUCUCGCUCACGGCGGUGGAUUUGUUCCAGAAUCAACGCCUUCAAGUACUGAACCUACAGCGGCUGUGGAGCUGGCUCAAAAGGUGGCAAGUAACAAAAAGAAAAAGGCUGUGCCAAAGAUAUACUAUGCUUCGAGGACACAUUCCCAAAUUUCCCAAGUGGUUAGCGAAUUUCGUAAAACUACGUAUAGGGUGCCAAUGGCAGUGUUGGCUUCAAGGAAACAUUACUGCACAAAUGUACAUGUAAAUAGGAAAGAGAAUGUCGAUGAAGAAUGUAAGCUGCUUUUGAAGGACAAGGAGGCUGGAUGCCUACAAUUCAAAAAUGCAAAUAAAGUCAGAGGUCAUCCUUCGCUUCAAAAAGGAGGUUGCCAUGAGGUGCAUGACAUCGAAGAUCUUGUUAAAGUUGGACAAGUUGUUAAAGGUUGUUCAUACUAUGCAGCUCGCUCUAUGGCAGAUGAUGCACAGUUGGUUUUCUGUCCGUACAAUUACAUAAUUAAUCCAGUCAUUCGAGGAGCAAUGGAAGUAGACAUUAUAGGAGCCAUUCUUGUUCUUGAUGAAGCCCACAACAUAGAAGACAUUGCUCGUGAUGCUGGUAGUGUGGAUGUUGAAGAAGAUGUCUUGCAAAAAUUGCAGACCGAAUUGCAGGAACUCUGUCCAGUUGAUCCCAUGAUUUACCAACCAUUAUAUGAAAUGGCACAAGACUUGUUAAGUUGGAUUGAACGGAGGAAAAAUAAGCUGGAGAAGCGUGAAUUUCAGCACUACUGCUCUUGUUCUAUUCAGAUUUGUUUUGGUGAUGGAGGCCUUUUGCACUUAUUAGUUUCUUUUGCUCCCAUGUGUUAUAGUUGGGCUGGUGAUAAGGCUUUGAGGGAGUUCCAAGAAGCCAAUAUUUCACAGCAGUGCUUCCCAAUCUUGCUGGAUUGUGCUAAACAGGCUAUCAAAGCUGCAACAGAUACGGAAGCAGAGGGCUCUCAUUUAAGUGGCAUGUCGGUGGUAUUAUUGGAAGGGUUAUUCUCUUCACUCACUUAUUUCUUCUCAAGAAAUGGAUGUCAGGUAUCUGAUUUUCAGCUUGCUUUGCGGCGAUAUGUUAAAAGAGAUGGAAAAAAGGCUGGUGACUGGACUUGUACUUUAAGUUUGUGGUGCUUGAAUCCAGCUGUCGUGUUCAAAGACAUAGCUGAUCUUUCUUUGUCAGUCAUUUUAACAUCAGGGACUUUGUCACCAAUGAAUUCUUUCUCAUCUGAACUUGGGGUUCAGUUUGGAACUUGUCUGGAAGCUCCGCAUGUAGUUGAUGUUGAAUCGCAGGUGUGUGUUUCUGUAAUAUCGACCAGUCCUGAUAAUUAUCCAUUGAAUGCGAGUUACAAAACAGCAGAUUGUUAUGCCUUCCAGGAUGCCCUUGGCAAAUCAUUGGAGGAAAUCUGCAAGAUUGUUCCUGCAGGCUCUCUCGUGUUCUUCCCUAGCUAUAAACUGAUGGAAAAGCUGAGCAAUCGUUGGCGUGAAACAGGCCAAUGGUCGCGAUUAAAUGCAAGAAAGCCCCUCUUUGUUGAGCCCAGAGGAGGAAGCCAGGAGGAUUUUGACUCGAUUUUGAAGGGUUAUUAUGACUGCAUUCGUCGAGACAAAAGACCUGCUCUUGGGAGAAAGAGAAAGGUCAAAAAAGUGGAUGCCAAUCACUUAGAUGGAACUGAAUCAACCGACAAUUCUGAGAAAGGAGGAGCUGCAUUUCUUGCCGUUUGUCGAGGAAAGGUUUCAGAAGGAAUAGACUUUUCUGAUGAUUAUGCUCGGGUAGUUAUAGUAGUUGGCAUUCCAUUUCCAAACAUAAAUGAUAUUCAAGUUGGUUUGAAGAAGAAAUAUAAUGAUGCAUACAAAACGUCCAAAAACCUUCUUGGUGGAAAUGAGUGGUACUGUCAACAAGCCUUUCGAGCUCUCAAUCAAGCUGCUGGACGCUGUAUACGGCAUAAGUUUGACUAUGGGUCCAUCAUCCUAUUAGAUGAGCGUUAUAAGGAAGAACGGAAUAGAGUAUACAUCUCGAAAUGGCUAAGGAAAUCGAUUCAACAGCACAACAACUUUGACAUGUCUCUAGAAGUAUUGAGAUCCUUUUACAGGAAUGCCAAGGAGAAGGUUGGCAAGAAUAUGGAAGAAUUCUUGCUGAAUUCUGAUGCUCACAAGGAGAAAAAUAUCCCUCGAAUGGAUCAAAUCGUAGGGCACACAAGAAACAAAAGUCAGAAACUGAGCAAUUCUGAUCAGUAUGGAGAGAAAAUAGUCUCUUUGACAAAGUGUGAAGGUGCUGUUUCAAAACUGAAGUCCCAAGAUGAUGUUGAAGUACAGGCUUCUUUUCAAAUAGACGAUGAGUUGGAAAGCUCUCAAGAAAUCAUUGACCUAGAGUGUGAUUCCCAUAUAGGUUCAAGGUGCUCUGAGGCAUCUUUCCAUGAAGAUCCAGAAAUAACCCUUGUCGAGGAAACCCCUGGCAUGGGUGAAUGUGGAGCUGCAACCAGUCCGGGAUUCUUCUCAAAGGAUGGCAACUCUAGCUCAACCAUGAUGCAGGCCCCUAAUGAGCUUGCAGAUCAAGGGUUAGUCUCUUUGGUGUCUGUGACAAACCAAAGUGCUGCUCCAGACAAAUCUCAGUGUUCAAUGUUGGUUACUCCUGAAAAAGAGUUAACUAUAACUACCUGCAACCUGAGACCAGAAGUAGAGUCAUCUUUGAAUCUAAGUGUUAAUUCUCAUACACAGAAACGGAGGAAGUCCAUGGACUUAUCAUUAAUGAACCUUCAAGGAGAACAAUCUGAUACCUCCUAUGCUGAAACUCCUGGCUGUGUUAGUUUCACUAGAAGCUCAGUCACUAGUGGAGACACAAAUCGCAGGAUUGAAUUUGGUUUGGAGACAAGCUGUAGAGAACGUCAAUCUACCAAGCAUGCUUCUCCAUUGCUGCCUAAUUCUUGUGCCACUUCAUGUGCAUCUUCUGAUUCUCUCAUGGACAAGAGAUUGCAAAUUUCCUGCUCCCUCUGCAAAAGCCCAUUGGGUCGUCCUGAGAACAACCUGUAUGUUGAGUGCUCUUUGACUUCUUCAUCAAAGGUUCACCUAGCGUCUCUUGUGAAAGAAAGAAUGGAGCGUUGUGCCAAGAACAACUCAACAUGUGUACCAGUUCUCGUGACUGACAUCUCAUCAGUUGAUCAGCGUCUCUGCAAUAUUGCUCUUCAAGAUGCCCAGCAAAAAGGAGUCUGGAGUGAAGAAGAUGGCUGUGUUUUCAACUCAGUUUUUUGUCCCUUUUGCAGUAUGUCUAAUUGCCUUGGAGUGAAGAUCAUGGCAACAGAUGCAUCAAAUGUUCAGUUACUUAACAAAAUAUUAUUCUAUACUGAUUGUCUGGAAUUUCAGAAUCUUGAAGCAUCAAAGGACUUAGAACCUAUGGAUAAGGAUUUGUCGCCAGUAACCCGCACAGCCAUGGAUAAAACUGCCUUGUUGAACUCCCUUGAUAGAUUCUCAUAUUCCACACAACCUAUUUCUGGAGGCUGGAGGACUACAAAGUCAAAGUUGAGACUACCGAAGAGAGACGUGCUUUCUAAUACGCAAGGUUAACAAUGACCUAGGGUUGGACAUUCUGAUUUCCACCUCGAACAGUCUUCUACAUGUGUAUAAUGCCAUGAAAAUCAUUACGGGCUUGUGCGAAAUCUAGCUUUUUCUGGAAAUUUAUAUCUUGGGACAAUUAUGGAUCAUCUUAAACUAAGCGCGUAACGGCUGCAACUGGAUUCUGAGUUAGGCUUCCCAGCUGCUGCAUUGAUCAUGCAACUCUUGAUGGAUAAUUUCAUUGCCUCAGCAUCCAGUCUAUCGAGGAAAUAGACGUUGCAAUCCAAAGUAAUUGAUUUUGCAGGAUAAGACACUUGUUAUUUUGGUUGUAGAGAGCUUAUCCAGAGUGGGAUUAAUUGGUCUCGAUCAGGAUUUGUAUAUUUUUGGUGGGUGACUCGAUAUGUAUAUGCUGGCUUGGUCUUUGCAGCUUUUAGCUAUGAAAAAGACGAAGCUGAUAACUUGGUGAAUCAUUGUAUCUCUUCAUGUCUCUUCUGAUUAAUACAAGUCUCAAUCCCCUCAGCAAGAGUUCAUUGUAGACA